UGUGAGGGGCAAUACAAAAGAGAGAAGAAGUGAGUUAUAAAUAGUUGAGAAAGAAUAAAAGGGAGGAGUUUUAAAAUAAGGAAGAACUUGGUUAAAGGCAGGACAAAGGUUGAUGUACAUUGUUUUCCCGUCAUGAGAAAAAGGAGAAGUGGCAAUAAAACAGGUCAUUAUCUGUCAGCAGAGAGGGAACAGAGGCUGAGAGAAGUGUCAGAAACCAAGAGUUCAUAGACUAAAUACUUACUAAAGCUGUCAUGCCAACAGGCUUGACUAGUUAUUUUGAUAAAAGAUUUUUGAAUGCAGUGGUUAAAUAGGAAAAGCUAGUGUGACAAUAGUGCCGUUUACUCUGACCACACACCGGGUUCAUCAUGGAACGAGUUUUGACUUUAGUAUUGCUGGGUGCGCUUUCUGCUUUGGGACAAACAGUUCCCCCUAAUGUGGACAAAGUUUCAAUAUCGGCUCGAACAGAGACUGUAUUAACAUUACAAUGGAAUAUAGCUGGGGGCAACAGAGAUUACAGUUAUACACUGGCUAGAGAGGGUGUCUCAGAUGAACGGAUCAAUGUAACAGAACAGGAUAAUACAGUAACUCAUGAAGUCUCAUCUCUGUCUCCUGGAACUAAAUACUCCUUUACACUCUACACUGUGUUUGGGGAGGAUCGGAGCACUGGACUUAAUUUCUUUGCUAUAACUGUUCCAUCUAAUGUUGAGAGUGUUACGGUCAUCAAUCGCAGAGAGUUUGAGAUGACAUUAGAAUGGAUAAAAGUUAACAACAGGAACGAUUACGAUUAUGAGCUGAAAUACAAUGAUACAAUUGAGAGUGUACCUACACCAAGUGGCUCUUCAGUGGUAUAUAGGGUCACGCCUCUGUCUUCAGGGUCUGAAUUCUUAUUUACACUCUACACUGUGUUUGAAGGAGUGAAGAGCAGUGGAUACAACUUCUCCAAUAUAACCGUUCCAUCUAAUGUUGGGAGUGUUUUGGUCAUCGAUCGGAAUGAGACUGAGAUGACAUUGCAAUGGGAAAGAGUCAACAACAGGAACGAAUACGCUUAUGAGCUGGUAUACGGGGAUAAAAUAGAGACUAUAGCUACACAACCUGAUUCUUUAGUGGUAUAUAGGGCUGAGUCUUUGUCUUCAGGGACUGAAUACUCCUUUACACUCUCCACUGUGUUUAAAGAUUUGAAGAGCAGUGGAUACAAAUUUGCCAGAGUAACCGUGCCAUCUAAUGUUGAAAAGGUGGAUUUGGCUGAGCAAAAUGACACUGACGUGAUCUUAAAAUGGGACAAAAAAACAUACAACUAUACUCUUAAAUGCAGCAAAAAUCCAUGUGAAAACAUUAUUAUCACUGCAGAAGGGAAUACGACUAUGUGUCAUAUAUCAGGUUUGACUCCUGCAACAAACUACAUCUUCACUGUGUACACAGAGUUUUUUGAUGUGAGAAGUACUGGAUUCAACUACAAUCACACCACAACUCUAUCUGAUGUAACUGAAGUCAGAGUCGAUCGAUCACUGACACAGUUGACAAUCAAAUGGAAUAAAUUAAACAAAAACAACAUCUACAACUACACCUUGCGUGAUAUUCAUGAAACUGAGAACAAUUUCACUGGAUCUGUUAUGGGUGAUGAGAUUAUACAUAUUUACUCACCGCUCACACCAGGGACGAUACACAGUUUUACUCUCUUCACUGUGGUGAAUGGUGUCAGAAGUAAAGGGUACAGCUUCAAGAGCAUCACAACCAUUCCCUGUGAGUCCUUUAACUGGACAGUCACCAACUCUUCGAUAGUUGCUCAAGUGAAUAGUAGCACACGUGUAACAGCUGAAAACAGCACUGGCAAUAGUAAAAAUGACCCUGUAGUGGACAACUGGGUGAAUCUGCAAGAGCUUUAUCCUGGAGCAAUCUACAAUGUUUCACUGUGGUAUGAUUUGGACUCAGAGAGACUACUACAGUGCUCACAUUUCCUGACGUUAGAUCCAAAUAGUGUGCUUAAUCUUCAGUGUAAAUAUUUUUCUGGAGGAUAUGGUCUGGCUGUAAUUUGGGAUCAUCCAUAUGGAGUUAUGGAUGUGGUGCAGGUGGACAUUGGUAGUCAAAGUUUCAACCAUAGUUCAAAAGAAUCACCAAGACAAGAGUUUAAAAACCUGCAAGUUGCCCAUUGGUACAAAGUGACAGCAACAUCAUUCUCUGGAGCCAAGAAGAGUAAAAUGGAAUCAUUAAACUGUCAAACUGAUCCAGCAGGCGUUAUAGCAGGUGUUCUUGUGUUUUUCCUGUUGGUCAUCCUUAUUUGUGCUGCAGUCUAUUGGUGGCUUCGCUAUGGUUCUGCAAAGCAAAAUAAAAGCCCCAAACCAGUGGUGUCAAAAGUGACUAAUAAAAGCUACAAACUGAUUCCUGCAGAUAAAUUUCCUGAACAUUUUCGAAACAUGAGUCGUGAUGAGAAUAGAGGUUUCAGUCAGGAAUAUGAGGACUUGAGUUCAGUUGGUAUCGAACAGUCUAGUGUUGCGGCUUAUCUGCCUAAAAACAAGGACAAAAACCGAUUUACAAAUGUUUUACCUUAUGACUCCUCUAGAGUGCAGCUCACAGUAAAUGAUGAGGAUGAUUCUGAUUAUAUCAAUGCCAACUACAUGCCUGGAUACGACAAUGCAAGCAAACAGUACAUCGCUGCUCAAGGUCCACUGCCAUCCACAGUCAAUGACUUCUGGAGAAUGGUCUGGGAGAAAAGGUCACAAGCCAUUGUCAUGGUAACAAACUGCACUGAGAGUGGAAGGAUCAAGUGUGAGCAGUACUGGCCACUGGACUACACGCCGUGUGUCUAUGGAAACCUGGUUGUGACAGUGAAAUCAGAGAAUAAAGCUCCAAGUUGGACUCUGCGAGAAUUUAGUGUUAAAAAUAAAAGCACCUCUGAAACACGAACAGUGAAGCACUUCCACUUCACAGCGUGGCCGGAUCAUGGUGUUCCCUCUGGCACAGAGGAGCUAAUCCAAUUCAGAGGACUCGUCCGUCAGCACAUAGAGAGUUCCUUCUCCGCAGGGCCAACAGUCGUACACUGCAGUGCUGGAGUGGGCCGGACAGGUACGCUGAUCGCACUGGACGUUCUGCUGCAGCAGCUGGACAGAGAAAAGGCAGUGGGCAUUGCAGCGUUUGUCCAGCAAAUGAGAUUGUGCCGGCCACUUAUGGUGCAAACUGAGUCUCAGUACGUGUUCCUGCACCAGUGCAUCAUGGAUUGUCUGCAACCCAAAGGCGUGGCUAAGUCAGAGCCUCUCUAUGAAAACUCAGACAUGAUCUAUGUCAAUGCAAUAGCGUUAAGACAAUAUGAAAACGGAAGUAAAAUAUGAGCAAAAAUAAAAGAACAUCUUAAAAUGUAACAUUAUUCACAUAUGGUUAGCAAAAUAGUGUUCUUUUAAUAACAACGUACGAUCAAAAGCAGUCAUGGAAUUUGUUAGCACAAUCUUGAAAACCACAGUGGUAUAUUUUCAGCAUGACUUUCAAAACAUUAAAUGAAAUAUUUCACACCAUAUGUACAUUUGUUAUUAUAAUUAAUUUAUUUAAAAUAAUAAUAAUAAUAUUAAUAAUAAUACUCCACUGCUAACAGGACUGAAAAAUAGUAGUAUUCUGUGCUUAAGCUAUAAAGCACUAACCCCGGUUUCACAGACAAGGCUGAGAAGGCAUAUUUUAAAAUAUGUCAGUGCCAUUGUUUUGUCUUAAGAUACACACCAGUAAUGUUUU